AUGAAGGGUACCGAAAUAGGGUUUUCUCGACUUAAAUUCGAAGACGGGAAAAUCAACGGCGAUGGAAUCUUGGAGAAUAUUCCGAGUGGCUUCAACAUAAUAUUCGCCGAGUGCAACGGCUUGCUGCUCAUGGCGAGCAGCACUAACCCCUUCUUCCGCCGGCGGUACGCGCUGUGCAAUCCGACGACCCGACAGAAGACGCUCGUUGCGUUCCCGGACGCGUUCAACGAGGGCAACGUCGUGAGCCACGGCGUAUGCUACGAUCACGCCACGAACGAUUUCAAGAUUGUCAUGAUUGCCGAACGGAACUACGCGGUUUACUCGUGUAACGACGAAUCUUGGACGAGGAAGAAACUUUUCCGAACGGCGUACUACAGCGUUACUUGUGCGCCGGGAAUAUUCGUCGAUGGAGCCACUUAUUGGGUUUUGAGAGAGCAAAAUCGCACGCAUGUAGUGUAUUUCGAUUCAAGAACCGACGAGCUAAAGUUUUUACCGAAGCCCGAGGAAUUAAAUAGUAGUGAUUACGAUGGGUACAAUUUGUAUAUUAGCUUGGCUUGUUUGAGAGGCGGCUUGUGUUUGUACUGCAUGUACAAUGAUUCGAGUAGGGUUCGAAUGUGGAUGAAGGAAAAGGGCAUUUUCGUAAAUUGUUGGAAUGAGUUUGCAACUAUUGAGAAUUUUCCGAAAGAGAUUUGGUGGUCCGAAGCGAUAGGUUCCGUUGAAAAUAAGAUUGUGAUUCAAAUACCGGGCAACAAAUUUGUAUACUACAGCCCUUCCGAAAAUACGAUCGAGGAAGUCGUCGAAGAUACCGAUAUACCUUUCGGUCGAUUGAUUCCGUAUAGGAAUAGUAUGUAUUUCCCCAGAAUUCCAUUUCGGGGUAUAUAG